CAGCUGGAUAUGAGACAUGAAUAUCAGAGCCUUCAACGAUUUUCAAAUGACUUUGCCCUUUGUGCCAGUAUUAGAGUACCCCAACCUGUGGCUGCAUUAUUAAGACGUGACAUACUUGUGGAAACUUUUGAGGUUACCAAUUUAAGUUUUAAACUUUUAAUAUUGACAGAAAAGAAGGUUAUAUUUGAACCAUGAGAAAGUUAUUUUUUAUUAUUUUUUUUUUCUCCCUUCAAUUUUGAGUCUCAUUUUUGUAUUUUGAUUUUUUUUAAUGGUAUUAAAAAUGUUAAGUGCAAAAACAUUUUUUUAAAAAUUAUUCCUCUUAUAUUUUAUUCAAUUUAUACGCCAACUUGUGAUUAGUAGUGAAAUUUUAAAUUAGCUCUCUAAAAAACUAUUUAAAAAAAAUUAUAUUUAAAAUAUGUUAAUGAUAACAUAAACAGAAAAAAUAAACUGUAAAAUGUUACCAGGAAGGAGUAAGUGUUGGCCAUAUUUUGAAGGACACAAAAUACUCCAGUGAAUUAAAGAAACAUCUGGCCACAAUUGGGAUGGAUGCUUUACUGCAAAUGGUAAGUGUCCAUAUUAAAUAA